GCAAAGCAUUUCUUGACAGCACUUUGAGACCAAAAUGCGGGACCUGAGGAUUUGCAGGCCACUCGGCUCAUCCCCAGCUUCCGGUUCCUUCUCCCGGACGCAGCCUGUUCGGCCUCGUCCCCUGCGCACCUCCCAACCCCCCGCCGCCUUCACGCCGGGUCCCACGGUCCCAGUAGAGCUUUCCGGGUAAUCAGGCAGAGAAAGGAAGGGGGCAGUGUGAACCCUAGAAGGCAGCCAACCCCUGCUGACUGGGAGUUACUCCCAGAAGGCUGUCCUCCCGCAGUUGCUAGGCAACAAGUGUAAACAGCACUGGAUCAUGGCCACUAACUACAGUGCCAACCAGUAUGAAAGGGCUUACUUACCCAGGUACCUGCAGAACUGGUCUCCUGCCAAGCCAACAAAAGAGAAAAUCGCUACCCAUGAAGGUUACACUCAGAUAAUCGCCGACGAUCGAGGUCACCUCUUGCCUUCAGUGCCCCGUUCCAAGGCAAAUCCUUGGGGUUCCUACAUAGGCACCUGGCAAAUGCCCCUGAAGAUACCACCUGCUAAGGCGAACUUGACCGCCCGUACAACGGCUGCUGCCGACUCCCUCACCGAAUGGAUACACAAGAAUCCUGACCUACUCAAUGCCUGUAAUGGGCUGCGUCCUGAAAUCAUCGGCAAGCCCGGUGAUCUCAACAGUCAGAAGAAACAGAAGAAAUCUGUCACAAAGACUGUACAACAAGCACUAAAUCCAACCAUAAUCCCCAGCUCCCCGGUGAUCCAAGGAGACAACCCGGAUGAACCUCAGAGUUCACACCCCUCUGCGGGUCACACUCCAGGUCCCCAGACACCACUCAACUCUCCCAAGAAUCCACCUCCGAGCCCAAGUUAGAGCACCAAGCCGGGCUUAGUCUAGCUGAGAUCCAGAUGAGCAAAGCUGUGCGGGAUAAAGGCCAUGCUAGGGUGACAUUUUAGAUACUGAUUGAAAUAAAUAAGACCUUGUAUUCAGAAGUGUGGAAUAGGGAAAUGAUGGGCCAGGAGUAAAGGUAAAUUUGGGAAAAUAAACAUUGUUUGCUUGUUAAAUCUU